UCAAUCAGAAACAGUUUGGACAACAUGUGGAGAGAGACAUCAUCGUUGGUGUUACUGCUACUUCUAGUGCAUAAAAGCCAUGCUCGUUGUCUUCCUUCUUCAUGUGGCAACAUCACCAACAUCACUUAUCCAUUUCGAUUAAAAGGCGACCCAGAGAAGUGCGGUGAGGAAAGUUAUGAGCUUGGUUGUGAAAAUAAUGUUACGGUGUUGUAUCUGAACUCUGCACAAUUCCAUGUUCAGGCUAUCAACUACAACAACUACACCGUGAGAGUGGUUGACCCUGCACUUCAACACCACAACUGCUCCUCCCUUCCUCUCCGUUCUCUCUCUCGCUCCAAUUUCUCUGAUACUUACACUUACUCCACGGAUCUAUACCAAGUCGGUUUAAGAGAGUAUCGUAAAUGGAAAUCUCUGAGUUUCGAGCAUAUAGUGUUUUUGAAUUGUAACCAUUCAGUGAGAGAGAAUGAGAAUUAUGUGAAGACUGGAGAGUGCGUGAAGUGGGACUCAAAGGGCUAUGCAUAUGCAGUUGGUGGAGACCUAAAAGCUGAGGACUUAGAAGUUGGGUGUGACGUAAAGCUUGUUGCUCCAACAUCUUUGAGAACUUUGAAUAACCAUUCCUACAAUUCCAUGCACAGAGGAUUGGCCUAUGGAUUUGAGAUUUCAUGGCUGAAACUCGCCUGUCACAAAAAAUGUCCACUCUCACAAAGCAGUUGCUAUUUCGACUAUUCUAGGGAGAAGUUUAAAUGCUUGUUUGGUAUACUGGACGAGCUGAUACUCGAGGCAUCAAGUAAGAAUAUCUUAUCAUCUUAAUUUACCUAUGUUUUUAACUAGGUUUAAAUAUGUUUUUCGUCCCUUAAUUUUUAGUGAAAAUUGGA